AUGGAUGUGGCCAAUAGGUCUGCUGUUUCUGAAUUUGUUUUGCUGGGACUCUCUAAUUCCUGGGAACUACAGAUGUUUUUCUUUGUGGUGUUUUCAUUGUUUUAUGUGGCAACAAUGGUGGGUAACAGCCUCAUAGUCAUCACAGUUGUCGCUGACCCUCACCUACACUCUCCCAUGUAUCUUCUGCUCACCAACCUUUCCAUCAUUGAUAUGUCUCUUGCUUCCUUUGCCACCCCUAAGAUGAUUACAGACUACCUCACUGGGCACAAAACCAUCUCCUUUGAUGGCUGCAUCACCCAGAUAUUUCUUCUACACCUUUUUACUGGUACGGAGAUAAUUUUACUUAUGGCUAUGUCCUUUGAUAGGUAUAUUACAAUAUGCAAGCCCCUCCACUAUGCUUCAAUCAUGAGUCCUCGGCUGUGUGUUGCCCUCGUGGUGGCUUCCUGGGUGGUGGGAGUCAUGCAUUCAAUGAGCCAGGUCAUCUUUGCUCUCAUGUUACCAUUCUGUGGCCCCAAUGAGGUGGACAGCUUUUUCUGUGACCUUCCUGUGGUGUUCCAGCUGGCCUGUGUGGAUACUUAUGUUCUGGGCCUCUUCAUGAUCUCAACAAGUGGCAUAAUUGCCUUGUUCUGCUUUAUUCUUUUAUUCAAUUCAUAUGUUAUUGUUCUGGUUACUAUCAGGCAUCAUUCUUCAGGAGGAUUGUCCAAGGCCCUUUCUACCUGCACGGCUCAUUUCAUUGUUGUCUUCAUGUUCUUUGGGCCCUGCAUCUUCAUCUACAUGUGGCCACUGAGCAGUUUUCUUGAAGACAAGAUCCUGUCUGUGUUUUACACCAUCUUUACCCCCAUUCUGAACCCAGUAAUCUACACCUUGAGGAAUCGAGAAGUGAAGACAGCCACAAGGAAACUGAAGAACAGGCUUCUAAAUUCCAACAAAGCAACUCCUGUAUGUUAUUUUUAG